AUGGACACUUCCAAUGUUCUUAAAUGGGCAUCUUUCACGUUGUUUCUUGUAUUUCAUCCCCAGAUAGAACGCCCUCUAGUUGCCACGGUCCCAAUUCCCCCUUUUGCCCCUCGUCCACUCUGUAAUUUCCAGUUGGCCCUUGCAAAUCAAGCCUGUGCAUAUCUUCCGUCAUCACUAGUCUCGCCCCCACCUCCACCACCACCCUUUGCUGCGGUUUAUCCUACUCCACCACCUUCAUCUGAACAUCACGACCACAUACAUAGUCCCAGUCAUAGACAUAGGCAUAAACAUCAUCAUCAUUCACAUGGGCAUGAGCUUGAUGAUGGGCAUGGACACAAUGAAAGUCAUGUGGAUGGUCAUGGUCAUCAUAGACAUGAUCAUCACAAACAUAGUCAUAGUCAUCAUAAACAUAGAAUGUCACCAAUAGAACAGCAAUGUUGUAAGUGGUUGGCUCAGGUUGACGAUGAGUGUGUCUGUGAGCUACUUGGUCGUUUACCGCCUUUCCUUGCUAGACCCAUUCACGAAUACACCGUAAGAGUUGCUGGAUCUUGCAACACCACUUACUCAUGUGGACCAGGAUUAUUAAGGCUUUAA